CACGCUCGAAGCCAGUUAAUGACAAACCUGAACAAAUUACUUCAGCUAGAGGAAUCCGCAGACUCCCCAAAGCUGUUGAAAGCGAAUAAACCACAUAAGGCCACACGCGAUGCAUCCACAACGAAUUACGAAUACCUGUUCAGUGCUUGCAAGGGAACGGACAGGCAACCGUCUGCAGGCUUUGGGAACCUGUACUGUGACCAUGGAAGAUCUGGGAUUGACGUAAACAAGAAACAACAGCCAGGGCAAGAAAGUUCGUUCAGACUGAAUGAUCAAGAAUGCCAGACAGACUUCCCCAUGAAGACGCACCACAAUGCACUCUACGAACACAUGUCGGUCUCAGGUGAUCAGAUCAACGAUUGUGCAACUGAAGAUAACUCACCAUGUUUACCAAACAAAGCCCCAGUAAAACCUUUAUUCGACCUUGGUGUGCAGUCUACAACGGUAUCAGCCUUGGCAGCAGUGGCUGCGGUUGCUGCAGCUUCCUUCUUGUCAAAGACAAUGAACCAGGUGCAUGGGGUAACAGAGGUUCCUAACCCUAGACGAUCGUCAGAUCAAUUGCAGUCACAGGCAGCAGACAAGCAGGAACGCAGGCAAGGAGCGGAAUCCUGCACCCCAGUGUUACAACGUAUACUACCAUCCGAUAAGGCGGCAGGGAAAAUGAACCCAAUGGAUUGUUUGACACAAUCUUCUCAGUCAAGCACACAACAUCUCCCAAAAUUUGUGGUUCAAGAUGAACCAAAAUCAAUUAGUUUUCCACUAGACCAUACCAGUGAACUUAAAGGAUUGAAGAGAGGAACGUUCGAAAAGAAGCCAUCCAGCAUUCAUCAGAACUCACAGGUGCCACACGGAGAGAACGAAGGAAUGCCAAGCCCACCGGGCUUAUGCUGUGGUAUCCAAUUCCCAUAUGGUGAGGAAAUUCACCCUUCCAUGCCAGAAAACACGAUUUUUGGGAAAAAGGACUGUUCACUGUCAGAAUCCGAAUCCUCUGCACGGGUUUGUUCAAGAUUUUCCGAGCGAAUCCAGUUGGCACGCAAUUAUGUAGACAGACUCUAUGGCCCUGGUACAACGAAACAUUUGAUCCAGGAAACUACACACCACAUUCGUCCAACUUCCCGUCGCUGUUCUCUGGAAGCCGUUUCAGACAGCUUUUACGAUGGAGGAGAAACCUACGCAGAUGUGCUCGACAACUGUUGUAAUUUACCUCAGUGUCAGAGACGUUUUGAGUACUUAUCAAAACAAGAGAACAACGUCUAUCGAAAUCCAGCAGAUGACAAGAUCUUGGCUGAAUCAACACAGGUACCGAACACUUCGACCAAUACGUUGAAGCCAACGCCAAUCCAAAUUGUUAAACCCGCACUGAGAUCAAUAAACGCCGCAGACUCUAGCGGGUUCGACACCGGAUCACCAUCAGACAGUGAUGAUCUGUCUGCAAAAUCAGCCCAGAUCCUAAGCCGAGCACGUACGGACGCAUACCGAAAUAUGCGCAACUUCGCAACUGAUAGUGCACAAACAGAACAACAAGAAAAGAGCAAGAAACCGAAAAGUGUACUAAUAUCGGAGUCCUCGAGGGAGAGACGACAGCGUGAGCUGCAGAAGAAUAAUUGUCCACAGCGGACAGUGGUUUGGGAAGACGAACUUUACAAUGGCUCGUAUCAAAAGUCCAAAGGGGAACACUCUGAUUCUCUCAUUGGAACUAAGGUUAACAACAUUCCUACUUUCAACCUAAUUGAUUGUGAGCAACGGGGGAGUUCCAGUGCUUCACAUAUGAAUUUAAGUCUGACUGAGGAAGAUUUUAACAGACGCCCUGGAAUGUUUCUGCCUGUCCAACAAAAAAAACUAAGACGCCCCUGUCUUGUCGUUCCUACCAAACAAACGUAUUCACUCUUUGGGAUUGUGAUUGGUUUGUCCGACGCCUCGAACUACGACCCAAAACCCGUUCCGCUG